AUGGCGAUAAAGAAAGGCAGAGGGGCGUCCACGAAACCGAAGAAGAGAAACAAGCUAAGGAACAUCAUCGACGAUGACUACAGCUCGGAGCUAAGCAUAACGGCAGUCGGGGAACCCGACUACAACGAAGUGUUUGAGGUGGAAAAAAUCGUCAUGGCGAGGUACAAAUUAAACAUAAAGAGAAAAAAAAAUAGGAAGGAAGAAAGUCUCGACAAUUUUGAAUUCUUUAUAAAAUGGAAAAACUACGAUAGUGAUGAUAACACGUGGGAACCAUUCGAAAAUUUAAGCUCAACAUUGAAAGGCCAAGCGAGAAAAGCAGCACUGAAGUUGACAGAAGAAUUAGGAAUUGUAAAUAGCAAUGGAGCCAGUGCGAUUUCCAGCAUUGGCAGUACUGCAGGUGUCUCCACAGGGGUGGUAGGAAACUCGGGAAACAAUACAAAUGCAUUAAGCGCAAUGAGCGGCAUGGUCCCAUUGAGUGGUAUGGGUCCCAUGAGUGGCAUGGGUCCCAUGAGCAGUAUGGUCCCUAUGAGUGGCAUGGGCCCAAUGAGUAGUAUGGGCCCAAUGGGGAGCAUGGUCCCAAUGGGCAGUAUGGUCCCAAUGAGCGGCAUGAACGGAAUCGGUGUAAACAACACAAGCAAAAGGAAAAAGGGAAUGAUCAACUCGAUGAAAAACGAAAUGAUGGAAAAAAAUCGAACAGGACUUCCAGAUGAAGAAGAGGAAGAGGACGAAGGAGUACGGGGGCCAAAAAUUUUAGCAAACGAAAUGGAUUCCUCAAAUAAUCAUCCCAAUAGUUGCUUCCCCAGAAAUAUGAUGGAGGAUGAUGAAGACGAUGAAGAGGAAGACGAUGACGAUUUCAUAAAAAAUGAUACCCUCUUUAAAAAUAUGAGCAUGAACAUGAAUCUGAGCAGCGCUAUCAAUGAGCAUUACGAGAAAAACGACGCACCAUUUGGUCAUCGGAAAAAAUUGGGAAACAUCAAAAGCAUCCUCUGUAUAUCCAACCGAAUUAACAACAUCGGGAUUUCAAAUAAAAAUGAAAAAAUAGCUAACCACGCAAAAAAUAAAAUAUUGGAACGCCUUGACAAAAAUUAUUACAUGAGACAGAAAAAUAAAUUUAACACCAUUUUGCAGAAUAAUAAAAAUCUCUUGGACCAUUUUAUCAACAGCAGAAAUCAGGAGCUGAGCAAUGAAACGGGCAAAAGUGCCAGGAGCAGCGAUUUGAACAUCUUUGAUCAUUUCGAAAGUAAUUAUGACGAGGACAAGAGCGACCUGCAUCACUAUCCGUACCUCUCCCACAGCCACAGUCACAGCCGCAAUCGAAAUAGGAGCCACAGCCACGGUCGCAACCACGGCCAAAUGGGCAGUCAAAUGAGCAGCCAGAUGAGCAGCCAAAUGGGCAGUCAAAUGCACAGCCAAAUGCACAGCCAAAUGCACAGCCAAAUGCACAGCCAAAUGAGCAGCCAAAUGAGCGGCCAACUGCACAACCAACUGCACAAUCAACUGCACAACCAACUGCACAACCAACUGCACAACCGGGUGCACGCCCACAGCCGCCACCACACACACGCAUACGACGACCCAAGCAACUUGCCAGCGGAGAGUUAUAAGAAGCAGAACGGAAUGAGCUUUUCGAAAAAUGUGACCAAUGAUGAUACUUACCUGUACUGGAAAGUCAGGGACAAGAGAAAGUAUGAGUCCCUCAACAUGGGCUACAGCAACAACUGUGCGGGUGCCAGCAGCAGAAUGGGCAACGGGGAUGUGCCCUUCGGAUUCGAAAGCAAAGGUUUGAAGAAGUUGAAUCGGAGCAGUAACAAUGGCAGCAGUACGCACGGCAGUAGUAACCAUGGGGGAAGCAACCAUGGCAGUAGUAACCGUGGGGGAAGCAACCAUGGCAGUAGUAACCGUGGGGGAAGCAACCACGGCGGCAGCAACCAUGGCGGCAGCAAUCACGGCGGCAGCAUCCACGGCGGCAGCAUCCACGGCAGUAGCAAUCAUGGAAGUAGCAACCACGGCAGUAGCAACCACGGAGGAAGCAACAACGACGGAAGCAACCACGGCAGUAGCAACCACGGCAGUAGCAACAACGAUGGAAGUAACAAUGACGCCACCAACAACAGUAGCGGAAACAACAACGGUAGCGGUAACAGUAACAGUAAUAGUAAUGGCGGCGCGAACAGCAACGUGGCUGACCACGGAGAUAACGGGGACCACACAUAUGAGGAUGAAUUUUUACCCAAAAGAAGGUGCAAUUCGUCGAGCUCAUCCGAACGAAUCUACAUGACGGAGGAAGUGUUUGAUCAGUUUGGCGGGAAAGCCACUUUUGAAAAAUGCAAAAAAAAGGGGGAGGUAGACGAACAGCAACCAUUCAGCAGUAGCAACAAGGCGAGAAAGAGUUAUCCCAAAAUUGUUGCAUCAUCAGAUGGAAGGAGUAAUAAAAAGGACGCAUUCUACAUGAACGAAUUUUAUGGGAAGCAAAACAACCAGCAGUACAUCAUAGUGAAGAACGAGUUGAUGGAUGAAGAGAACAUGAGUCCCAAGGAGAAAAGAAAAUUUGUCUCUUCCCAUUUGAGCAUCGCCAAAGGGGUGGAGAGCGAGAAGGUUAGCAACAGCAGUCGCAGCAGCAGCAGUUGCCUGAACAACGGCAGCGCAGCCGGUGCCGCUGCGCCCCACUACAGCAGCAGUCACGUGAAGAAGAAGAAGAUAAGCGAGAGCGUAAAGAUCGACCACCGGGAGAAGUACGUCAACCAUGUGGGUAGCGCUAACGUCGGUGGAAACGUCAGCGGGAACGUCGGUGGAAACGUCAGCGGGAACGUCGGUGGAAACGUCAGCGGAAACGUGAGUGCAAACCUCAGCGCAAACGUGAGCGGAAACAACUGCCUGAACAAGCUCAACGUCGGGGAGAACAACAACAUCAUCGACAACAACAACAACAACAACAACAACAGCAACAACAACAGCAACAACAACAACAACAACAACAGCAACAACAACAGCAAUCACAACAACCACAACAACAACAACCACAACAACAGCAAUCACAACAACAACAACAACAACAACAACAACAACAACAACACGUGCAUUAUAAACCACAACAACACGAACUACAUCACCAUCAACAACCACAACAAGAAACCGCUGUACAAAAAUAAAUCGCCGUCGAAAUUGUCAUCAGGAAAUAUUUUAAAAAAAAAAGUGAGCACCUUUAAAAAGAGCUUGAAGAAGUUUUCCAAAAAUGGAACCACCACACAUGUGCACACCUUAAACAUACAUAGGCUGAAUGGAAUGAAUGGAGUGAGUGAGAAGAAGGGGACCUACAGAGACUAUGAGCACACGUCCAACUCGAGCGAAAUUACCUAUAGGAAGAAGUAUGCAACGGAUAAUAUGAAUUUUUACACAGAUGAGAGAAUGCACUUUGAAGACCAUGGGGAGAAGAAGGCCAAGACCUGCUUCAUGCAAGAGAAUGAAGAUGCUCAUCUGAGUGCCGAGUACGUGGAUGUGAUAGACAGGAGCAAGGGGGCACCAGUUAGUAGCGGUGCAAAUAUGGGUGGAAGUAGCGUUCGAAGCGGAAGUAACAGCCUUAGCGGGGGAAAUACUUCUAGCGGGUGUAACAACCAGGGAAGGUGCCGUAACAGCGCGGAGGAACACACUUUCGAGGGAAGCGAGCCGUACCUCUCCAACGGACUACACAACGUGAACUCCCUCUACGAAAUGUACAUGAAUGAUCGAAGCGACAGAAUGGGUAGCAUACCAGAGGAGGGCAAAGGGCAAGAAAACGACUGCCACUACAAGCAGGAAGAGGACAAAAACGAAAAAGGGUACCCAAAAAGUAAAAUCAACUUUUUGCCAGAAAAGGGGUACCAAAAGGAAAACACGGCGGAUAGCCUAGGCAGAAAGAGCGCCAUCAACUUCAUGCAAGAUGACGUAAACAAAGAAACGCAAAACAACGCAAGUGGAAAUGCCAUUCCUAGGCUCCUAUUUAACAGCUCAGAAAAUUACACGUCAGAUGAGAUCCUCAAUACGAAUAACACCGAAUAUGAAGAGAAUGAAGAGGAAUCGCUUAACAAUAGAAACUACCCAAGGAAAGAAAAAAACGUGGCAACGAAUUGCUACGAAAGAGGGGCAGAUGAUAAGCUGAAGGAUGGUAGCAGUAGCCAAGUGGCUAGUGGUGCCAACCUGGAGAGUAAAAAGAGUCUGCAUAAGAGUCACCCCCAAAUGUAUGCAUUGGCGGAGGAAAAAUAUGCUCUCAACCAGUUUGCCCCGCAAGAUAUGAAAUACUUUGACGAGGUGCACAACGACGAGAGGGGCAAUGGCAAUGAGGCGAUUAGCUCCGGAGAGUAUGCCGAUGGGUCAGUCGUGGGGAAGAGCGGCAAAAGCGAUGUGAGGAGCAUGGCCAACAUAAAAGACGAAGACGAUGAGGAGGAAGCAGAAGAGGAAGAAGACGAAGAAGAAAUACUCGAAUACGUCCGAAACGUUUUCAACAAAAACGGGUCCUGUGCUAGCCGAAGCGCAAGUGUUAGCGGCAGCGUGCAUGACAAAAAGGAGAGUUCAAACGGAUACCCCAGAAAUGCAGCUCAGAAGGAACAGAUGGAAAACGCAGACUCUUUUAAAAAAAUUAAACACACCGAUUCGGAUGCCCCAAACAUGAAAGGAGGUGAAGAGGGGAAGAAGAAAAAACCGCAAGGGAUUAGCAGCUCGGUCGAUGCCACUGACGAUGUGAGGCUCAAACUGCAGGAGAGCAAAAACAGCGCGUUGCAUACACACGAUGAGGAAGUGAAGAAUCAUCGUAAGGGAAACUACUCCUCGAGUGACACCUCAAACAGGGUGGGCGGCGCGAAAAAAGUGGGUCACUACAAGAAGGGGGAUCCGAGGAGGGCGGACCACCACUCAGUUGGCGCCUACGACAGUGGCGGUAGCAAUGUGGACGCAUCGGGCAGCAUUGUCGGGAACGCUAUCGGCAGCGUUGUCGGCAGCGUUGUCGGCAGCGCUAUCGGUAGCGCUGUCUGUAGCGCUGCUGGUAGCGUUUCCGGAGGCAGCUGCCAAGACGCUGAUAUGAUAAUAAACAUAAAGGACGUGUUGAGCACGGAAAAUGAAAAGUGCGACUACUACAUCAGCUUCUUGGAAAACGUCUUGAGCGCGCUGAAGGAGAAGCGGUCAUGCCAAGCGGACGAAAACGAUUUGAUAAACGAACUGAAGCUGAACGUCGCUUCUCACAAAAACAUGGAAAUUGUGAAGAGGACCCCAAAUUUGGCGCACAAGGAUUUGCAGCAUCUUUCAGAGGAUAAACAGAUGGCCAUAAAUAAUCAUCGAAAAAUGAAUAGCAAGUGCCCUGACGAGAUGGGAAAAUUUCCGAAGUACCCAAAGAAGGUCCUUUUUGAGAAUACACACCAGGAUGUUAACAAGCCCAAGCAGAUGCGAUUAAAGAAUAUUCUCUACAGCUGCAACAGUAUGGUAGCUGAUGGUGUCGGAAGUUGCAACAGUGGCACUAUCAGCGGAAGCAACAGCAGCGGCAACUGCAGUAGUGGCAGCUGCCCCCCCUUUAAGGCAAACCACGACGUGCAUGCCGAGGAGGCGAACGGGCCGAGUACUCAUCAUUCCCACUUUGCGAACAAGCCGAACUCGGAGCGAAAAACAAAUGGGGAGAAAAAAGUCUUGACAUCCCACCUGAGCAAAAAAGGCGAGAAAAAGAAAAAGAAGAAAGAAGUGGAUGAGGAGAUCGCGUCGAAGGUGAACCCAAGCGGCAAAACGGGGGCGGCCAAAAAGACGGAGGCGCUAAAAGUGGACCAUGCGCGGGAGCCCAAGUCGUUACAAGAUGUCUCCAAUCAAAGCGGCGUUAACCAAAGCGGAAGCGGCCAAAGUGCCAGCGGCGCAGAAGCUGUGGAGCCCAAAGUGAAGUACGCAAAACUGGAAGCGCUGAACAUCCCCAUUGUCAAAAUGAAUUACAUGGAGAGGUACUUCGAGUACAGCGAGUCCAUCGACAAGCUGGCCCUCAACAACAUAGACGCUCUCAUAAAAAACAUGAACGUAAUAAAUUUCUACAACGGAAAAAAUAAAAACAGCAUAAAUUUUAUUAAGGGGAAUUUCCAAGUGCACCUGCUGGAAUCUUACACCAACAUUUUGCUCUACUUUGAUAUCUUCAACGAUUUUAGAAAUUAUAAUUUUAUUUUUAAAAAUUGCGAGUUUAUUAACAUUCUGCUGGAUUAUGUGUGUGACACAAAAACGGAGAGCAGGAAUUUCAGCUCAGACACUUCGCUGAACGAAUUGGCAAAAAACAUUUUGCUGUUUGAUGAAAUUUUUAAAUUGAAUAACAAAUUAAAUGAGUUUUUUAAGGAUAUCUUUUUGUCUCUAAAUGUGAAGCCCAAUUUGUUCUUUUUUCCUUCUCCGGAUUAUUUUGAGCGAUUCUACUUGCACUUGAGUGCCAAAACGGAAGCUGCAGAACAGGCGAGCCAAGACGAAAGGGGCAUGGAGGCCGGGCAGGAGGAAGAGGCAGAUCGAGACACCGCACAGGCGUACCAUGAUGUGCAGUCAGAGGAAAGCCGCACGCAGGGGAACACCGGCGGUAGCAACGCGUGGGAGGGUUCACCAGCGAACGGUGGGGGGCAGGAGGAAGGUAGCGAAGAGGUGAGCCAAGAAGUUAGUCAAGAAGUCAGCCAAGAAGUCAGCCAAGAAGUCAGCCAAAAAGUCAGCCAAGAAGUCAGCCAAGAUGCUAGCCAAGAAGUGAGCAACGAGCCAAGCAACGACGCGGGGGUGGCCGCCGAACGAGCCGCUUCCCCUCCGGAGGAAGAAAACAGCGCAGAGGGAGAAGCACAAAUUAGAGAAGUAGAAAACGGAGUGGAGGAAGAAGAGCCGUUCGCACCCCUACCGCACUUGUCCACACCGACCGAUGAGCCACUCACCCAGUGGGAGAGUAAAAAUGAAAAAGAAGUAGAGGGCGAUCACCAUUACGAUGAUAAGGAGCACGCACCAAGUGAAGAAACGCAUGGAAGCGACCUAGAAAAGAAGGCAGGAGCAGAGGCUGAAGUGCAGAAUGAUGACCCAUUGGGGGAAAACGAACCAAACGAGGAAGCAAACGUGCCUCCCUAUGCAGUUACAACUGACAGUGGAUCAAACCAAAUGGCUGACGAGACCAAUACCGAUGAGUUAACCCAGUUAGGCACCCUACAAAGAACGAAUACUGGUGUGCACAUCGAUUCGAACAGUCAGCUGGAAUGCAUCCCCAACGGUUCCAACAACCAAGUGGAUGGUUCCUCUGUUCAGCAGAAUAACCUCACUGGGGGAGACGCCGCUACGAAAGAGGUUACAGAAGAUCCUCCUAACCAGGACCCUCAUUUAGAAUCCAUUUGGGAAACGCAAAAUGAAAGUCAUGUUGUGAUGAAUCAGUCCGAUGGCGCACCUCUACUACAUGGUGGCAAAGAAGAAGGGGACUUAAAUGAGAAGCCACCUUUUCAGAUGGCAUUAACUGUGGGAGAGACUCCAGAAGGAGGAAAGGAACCCUCGCAAAGUGAUGCCCCCAAUGAGAAGAUCGACGGUGAUGUUAUUCUUAAUGAGGAUGAGGGGGAUGGAGAUAAAGAGAGUAGCACUGUUGUUGCUCCCGCGGAGGGGGGAGAAAAUGGUCUAAUUGGUGAGUCGGUCGAAAAAUCAGUGAACGACCAAUUUAAUAAGCGAAACUGUAGCAACAGCAGCGCAGCCACGGCCACCACCACCAGCGCCACUGUAAACAUCAAUGGUAGUGCGCAAAAUGUGUGCAAAGAUAACACGGAUGCGAACCCCUGCCGCAAGAAUGACACCGACAGUGACGAUUAUGAAGAUAAUAAUAACUCGGGGCGAAGCUUCUUCAAGGGGAAUGAGCGCGCCAGCCUGGGUAAUAACAGCGGCAACUCGCAGAAUGCCGGCGGCUGCACUGACGGCUCGAAGAGCGCCCAGGGGAGCGGCAGCAAGGGUGGCAGCAAGAGUGGCAGCAGGAGCGGCAGCGAUAAUGAUAAGCUUGAUGAAAGCGAUGACAUCGGCAGGGACAACGCCACCGGGAACGACCGCGCCAACGACAGCGGCAAUGACGCAGCCCUGUUCAAACAGAAUGACGACAUCAUGAAUGCUGAUGACAGCCAGAGCGACAUCCCCCUCAUUUCUCUUCUCAAAACGUGA